AGCAACAACAACAACAACAACAACAACAACAGCAGCUGCAGCAGCAGCAGCAGCAGCAAGAGCAGCACAAGCAGCUUCAAAGACUCCAGCAUGCAUCCAAACAGGUUGACAUUAUAUCUCCUAGUGAAGGAGCCAGCAAACCAUGGUGUAACGUGCCCAAUUCACUUCACGGCUCCGAUGGCGUGCCUAUGGCUUCCUCCUACGGCAUCUAUCUCCAGAAUAGACAGACUGUAGCCAUAGACAACAGCAGCAAAAACCAAGUGCUUGGUACAGGAAGCAGCACCACAUUGCGCCCUAAAAUUACGACUUAUGGUGGCGAUAGAAAGAUGUGUGCCAACGCUGUUCCUUUUCAAAGUCAAACAACGGAUAGCCUCUCUUCUCAGUACGACUCACAGAGAAAAGGUGGACAGGACACAGGCGCAGCAGCGAGAACAUUGAAGGCAAGCUACGCGUGCUUGGAUCCAUCAAACCCCAUGACAUUGUCUGCAGAUCCUCUCAUGGAGCCAUCUGGUUCUGAAAGUGGAGGGGGAUCCAUCAGUUGUUCGAGCUAUUGCCAACAGCGAGAGCAGCAGCAGCAGCAGCAACAACAACAACAGCCUUUCAACCACUUUUCUCAAAAUUUUAGUGGCGUAAUCGGAGACAAGAACGAGUAUAACACUGAAACAACCCGAGCCUGGUCUGAGGCCACGUGCGAAAAUCCUCGGUACCUGGAUAAAACUGAGGGUGGAAUGGGCAACAAAGACGGGGGCUCUGUUGAGAGCCGUAUUAGAGGUGUUCAGUCACGAACCCCUGGCGUUAACGUUUGUCAGGAGGAAUAUUCGGCUCAGUAUGGGAGGCAGAAUCAAAGACCGAUUGUAAAAAUGGCCACUCCUUCCUUAAUAUGCAGCCAGACUGAUGGAUUUGGUAUGAACCAAAACCAGGGAAAUAAUUUAGACUUCAAUUCUCUGAGCACUUCUCAAACAUCAUUUGGUUUCUUGGAAGAGGAGCCUAGGGACGACUGGAGUACUUUCCCUUCGUGUUCUGGAAUCUUUGAUCACCAGCUGGCUAGUGGAGGACUUCUAUGUACCCCCAACAGCGUGAUGGGGGACACUGGGAUGGGGUUCAUGUCGUAUCGAGCGGCUAGUACAAUGGACCAAACGGCAGCACGGACGUCUCGACUGUAUCAGUGGAAACAAGAUGGCCUUCAGGCCGAACAAACUCUCGCUCAACCUUCAAUGGGCGUAGGCAGAUCCACCGAAGGCAUGGACCCGACACGUAGACCUUUGGGGGACCCGUACUGUUCUACAACACAGGCGCAUCGAGAUUUUCCAUGGACAAUACCAAAUGGUUCAUCUGCUGACAGUCAUAGCGGGAACACAGCCAACUUUGUGGGGUCACUGUCCUUUAUUGAUGGUUCUGAUCAGAACAAAAUUCCCAUAGACUAUGAGAGCAGCAAAAGUUUUGGAGACCACCGACGUCAUAUGUCCAACAACAAUAACGCCUCUUGGGGAGGGGGCAGAGAUCGAGCCGAGUCUUUGAAAGACUCGGGGUCACUUCUAGACCACAUGACUGGCACUGUCGGCUGCACGCGAACACCUCCUUGGUUACUGAAAAGCAGACCACUUCAGGCAGGAGUCAGUCUUGCAGUUGGGUCUUCAGAUUUACUUGCGGACAAGAUGUCGGACCAGCAAAAUAACGCUAAUCUGUGCACCGCAAUUUCUGGAGAGUCUGCUCUGGGAUCGGCACAAAAUAUGAACAGGCAGAGAAAUACUGAGUCCUCAAACUAUCUCCCCAGCAGUGCAUCAUCACCAGGGGAAAGCUGUCUCAACAAGGAAGAAACCCCACGCCUUCGGAACAGCGAAGCCAGUAGCACUAUGCUCUCAAGUGCCUCACUCUCCCACUUGACCCUUCUCCAGCAGCACCAGCAUCAAGUAGACAAGAAUGAGCAAAAAGAAACCGAACAGGAGGGAGAUGGUUCUGUUUUUAAAUUGUCAGAAGAUUUAGAUAAUACAUUUUUGGAAGACAACUUGCCCUCUGCUCCGUGGCAUGAAUUGGCUCUGGCGCCAGAAGACGUGGGGGACACAGAUGGUAAAACGGGAAAAAUUGACGAGUACGAGAAAGUGCAAAACUUUGAUGAUGCUACAGGAAUUCUAAAUGACCAAGAGCUGUUGUCUCCUUAUCGUUGUAUUGGGAUGAGAAAACAUUUUACACUGGCAGAGCAAUCUCUUUCAAACAACAAGCCUUCGAGACCGGAAGUACAGCCAGGUAAAGCACAAUCGGAAAACCAAAGACCUAGAAUGAUUCUAGGUGGCAACAGCUGCAGGCAAACCAUGGAAGACAAAGAGAAGGUGGACAUGGAAGAAAGCAAUCGGAGACUACGUGAAAUGCUGGGGCUUACAAGACAAGAAAAAGACGAGAAUUCGGUAGGAGCACCAUCUUGCAUGCGAAUGCAAGAUAUUCCUAUGCAGAAUCAGUACUCACCCUCACCCACAUCAAUGAACUCAAAUCAAUUUCAUGGAAUGUUCCCUCAGAACAAUGCAGCAGCGCAGUCUAUGGCAAACGCAUCUAUGUCUCGGAUGCAGUUACCAGGUCAUAAACUCCCAAACGCGAUGGGCAUGGCGCAACAAAUGUACUGUGUCCCCAACAUUCUGGUCCCGCCACCCCCGGUGCCUUCCCAAGGUUCUAACCGGACUCCUGGUAUGAUUUUCCCUGGCAUGAUGGCAAACAUGAGCUCUACCUCGAGAUUUCCUCAAGGCAUGAUACGGGUGCCUUUUGUUGACAUGUCUAGAUUCGUUUACGUCCACCAGGUCCCGAUGAACAUGUCAGGUACACAUCCUAACAACAACCAUAACAACAGUAGCAGCAGUAACCCUCACGUAAAUACGAGUAACAUCAUCACCAUAAAUACUUCGGAAAAUGAUUUCAGUACAAAUGGUCAAAAUGAUAAAGGCUGCAGGGGAAUGAAGUCGAACAAUAUUAAGAGUAAAGCAGCACUUAUGAAACUAAGAUCUAGUUCUGAAGAGUUUGCUGUUCCUUUUCAUGCGCUGAGACCAUCCAUGGAAGAUCCGUUGUGCCAGAGAACCGUAAAAACGCGAACAAACCCUUGGGACCCAGACCUUGAUCAUGACUUUUCAAAUUCUCUCAUAUCAAAAGCUAACAGCGUAGACAAUACACAUGGGAAUGGCAUAGGACACACCACAACAGGAACUCCUGCUGAAAUAAUUUGUGGUUCGGAUUACACUUUCAGCUAUGCAGACAUGUCAAACUUACAGCCUUCUCAGAUGUCAGCUGAGCAAAGUUCAAAAUCGCAAAACGUGAUGCAGUGGCCUGCUGCAGCAGAUAUGCACCCAGAGAUGUUGGACAUGCUGCCGGUGAGACGCGGGAUGCCAGAAGAGAACAGCAAUGGACGUUUGUGCUGGCCAGACAUGGAGCUCAUGAUGCCGACCUCCAGAGAGCAGCUGCAGGCGGUACGUCGUAGCAAUAAACCCAUGGGUUCGAACAGAGCCAAUUUGAUAUCUAUUAUACCGAAAGGUAGUGGCGAUAACUUGGAGAGUUGAAGUUAUAGCUUUUUAACCUCGAUAUGCAGUCCAAAAAUAAAUCCUAUUUCCGUGUAUUAUUGGUUUAUUCGUUUGCAUUAUAACAAUCUAAUGCCCUCUUUAAAGAUAGUAUCAGAUCUCAUCGCCUAUUGUGAAAAGAGAAUGUUGGCUUGGGGUAUUUCCGUAUGCUUUAGUGCUUUUAAAAUAGUUAUUUGAAAGUUUUGUUGGAUUCACCGGAAAUGUUAUUUUUCAAAUAAUGAUUUUUUUUUUCAGUAGGGUUCCACUUAAAUUUCGUUAAGACCUAAUGCAAAAAUAUACUCCUCUGUGGUUAGAGUACGGACUAAAAAAUUAGAAUAUGCACGAUCCACUACUUUGACGACUAUUUCUUGCUGGGGCAUUUCUUAACGAUACUGAUCAUUUCGUAGCUGAAACUUUCUCAGACGUGAAGAUAAAGUCUGGCACACGCAUAGAGAAAUCGGAGGGACGUGGAUAUCUUUUCAUUCUGUAUGCAUUUCACUGUGUGCGAAUUUGGGGCUAUAUAAAGGAGAUAAACAACUUUGGACAAGUGAGUAAUCGUUUUGCAUAACUAAUGCGCUAUGUAUUACGCCUAUAUGCUUGUUGGGUUCAUAGACACUUAGAUUUGCAUACCUGGGUUUUGAUGUUGAUGUUUAAUCCACCUUUGUUCAGAUCAACCGUUUUUCCUCGAUCUGGAAAACUUUCUGUUUCUUUUGCUCUUUUGCAAGGUCAACUUUCCUCAAUAACUUCACAAAACCUGACUUGUCAAAAUACUGGUAAGGUGUUGCACUGUGUAAUUUGUUAAAAGAGAAAGCACUAGAUCUACCUUUGGACAUUUCUAUGGCACAUGCAGUAAACACGUUCUUGGCCUACACUGUCGUUGUGAGUGAGGAAAUUUUCUUAUACGUUCAUUUUCUCUGAGGUUUAAUCUUGGAGUUGAAUUACAAAUUGAUUAUAUUCCAAUUUUCUGACAAUCUAUUAGCAAAACAUAAUAAUACAAUGAGAAAUAUGUCAUUGGUUUGCUCUAUUUUAUUACAGUAUUGUUUAAAAUUACCCCAAGCAUUAACUCAGUCAUUGUUAUGCAAUACGUUUUAUGUCCAUUUUAAAGUCAUCGGCAGAUGUGAUAUUGUUUUCGCUGAUUUACUUCUUGAAAGUAGUCAAAACUUUGAUCUGAGAAGAUAGGCCAUAAAUUAUUAUUCAUAAUUAAUUGAACUGUGUGUUUCAUAUGUUCCAAAGAGCUUUGGUAAUAUUGUCAAAAGCUUUUUGUGUUGUAUCUUUUAAUUUUCCAUGUAUUAACAAUAACUACAUUUUCAGCUCUUUAUCAGGUGGUGUGCAAGUGAUAUUAAUGUGUGCUCGUUUCAGUUCUAGGGUUUUUAUACGUAGCGUCCAAUUGUUGGAAGGCGUUCAGCAAUGCAUUUUCUAUGUUAAAAAUAAACACGCAGGUCAGCAAAGAAGCAGUUAAAUGCUUAUGUCAACAAAAUCCGUUAUGUUUUCGUAUUGUAAUUAAUUUUAAAGUUAUUUUCGUGUAAACAAUCAAUUGUGACUGCUAUACUGGAAACGAGAAGAUGGCGGGUUUUAGGAAUAGUGUGCAGAGAAAGAGCGAGGGAGGGAGGCAGAGAGGAAAUACGUUAGACAUGUUGCUCUCUACCAACUUUAUUGCAAUACUCUUUUACAAUAUGUAAGAUAGAUGAUUCGUUGAGCCAUUUGAGAUGUACUUUUUGCUUUAGUUGUACUAAAGAUUUUUUGUUCAUGCGUUGAUAAGCAACGAAGUUCUCAUCUAUUGAUAUGUAUUGCAUUUUUCUUGGAAUCACGCUUUGGCAAUUGUAUUCAGCAAAGAGCGAUGGCGCCCAAAGAUUUGCACAACCAAAAUCCCCGCCCCUGAAAUAUGAAUAAUUGUGAAAUCGCAAAAAGAACAACCCAAACAAAUUCAGAGUGUCAUUAUUUCCUAACUCUUUGUGUUUGUCUUCAAGCCCCCUGCACUGGCAGGAUGUCUCAAGUUAUAACGUUUAUUGUCUUCAUAUUAAUUGUCUUGAAGUUCAUAAGAUAAAUUAUUUAAGUUUACACUAGAAAAUAAAAAUCGACAUGCAAACAAUUAAUUGAUCGUCGAAAUUCACGUAACUUACCUAUACAUACGAAGUACCGACAAUGACAACUUAUUAAAAUCACCAUCACCAACAGCUUCCUCAACAGGCAAUCAAAAACAGACUAAAAAAAACGAUUGCAAAAUUUACCUCUUAAUAUAAACGGCACUAUUAUUGAAAAUGUUGAUAGUAACGGCCAUUUCUACUGAAGCAGUUGAAACCGCCAUUGUUAUACGGUAAUGGCCAAAUGAGCCUAAAAUAAUUUGUGUAGAGGGAGAGCAACAACGCAAAAAGUAUUGCCAAUAUCACAGUAAUAAUUGCAUUCAAUAAUAGCAACAACAACAAGAACAACGACGAUGACGAUGACGACGACGAUGUUGACGAAGACGACGAUAAAAAAAAAGAUUGCCAUUACUACAUUAACGACAACACAGCAAGCAAGCAACACGUCUCCUUUCAGACCCUCUCCUACUUUAAUGGCUGUGCACUUUCAUUUGCUGCUUAGCUUCUUUCUGUACCAUUAUUUUGUGGUGUUCGUUUUUGUCAAUAAAUGAAACCAGAAAAUGCCAUUUUGGUGCCUUCUGAGUUUUAUCAUCUUUUUAUACUCACGUAUACAUGGCUAGUCUUUCACGUUAAAAGAAUUAUAGUUGUUGAAUCAGUUUCUGAGGCCUUAACAAACUGCUGUCUUAUGAGUUUUGUUUUUUUUCCUUUGUAGAUAUCAUGAGAAAUAGUACAUAUUGUCAUUAUAACUUUGUAAUCAUCAUAAUUUCGAUCAAGCCUUCAAGUUUGAAAGGAAGUCUGGCUAACGUACCUGACCCAUACCAUUCUUUUCUCCUAAGGGCAAGUAGUUGUCAGACUGGGAUAAUACUUGUUUUAGAUUAUUAUUGAUAUGAAUAAUUAGUUUGUCUCUCUAGGAGUACCAGAACAUUGGAAUCAUUUGAUAAACAAGCCAUUCGGAGGAAACAAAAAUGACGUAUUGUUACGAUUGUAGUACAUUAACAGUGUAUUUUGAAGUAGAAUUUUAUUUAACCCAUUUUUUGUUUAUAUAUUCACUCUGUUAGAUUCUUUGAAUUUUUGACUUGGUUAUGUUAUGUUAAUAAGCGAGUUUAAUACCAAUGUGAAUGUGGGGAAGAUACAGAUGAUAGUAUAACAAAAGAUAUAUAUUUUGGGUAUAACUUAACAUUCGCAGUAUGUUUAAAAGUAUUGCUCGUUUAUAUGUGCGAUUCCACUUUGCUAUAUUCAUUAUGCAAUACAUAUGUUCAGCAUUUGACAUUCAUGAACUUGCAUUUAUUUGUGAACCAUGCUCAUUUUGUAGACAUUUGCAGUAAUUCUUAAAACUUAUUAACACACUUUAUUCUUGUGAUAGUAGCGUAGGCCUAUGAAUAUGAAGAGAACAUGGUUCGAGAGAAGUAGAUGUUACUGCCAGCAGUAUGAUCGAAUUAUUGGAACAAUUUUGCAGGAUCUGGAGUCCUGGAUAUCGUGUAGAAAGUCUCUUUUAGUAAAGGCAUUUUGUUCGUUAAGUGCUUGCAAGGGAACAACCUUUAAUUUUGUUUUGUAAACCCCAUGUUAAUAAGGAUGACAUAUCUUUACAUCUUGUAAACAUUUAAAUUCUGCGGUGUCGAAGAACCCACGUCACAUCUUUAAAUUUGAAGGAACGCGCCUUAUUCAAGACAGCCUCUUUACACUCGGUAAACUUUACAGGUCACAAGGAAGUGUGUAAUAGACACUAUUCGUAGAGAGUAAUGUUUGUGGCCCGCGUACCAAAGCAAAAUCAAAAUAUUUCUGAAAAGAAGACAUCAAUUUCGAAGCUGGAUUGAAACUUUUGAAAUGCAAAGUAUAAUGUUUCCUUUUGAACUUUAAGAUUGCAUGGAACAUUUCAACUUGUUAGUAAAGCAUCAAUUCUUUAUUUAUUCAAAAGCCCAAGACUUGAAAUGUUUCUACUAUUUCACGAUAAUAUAAGAUUUUUGUAAAAUCGAAUCAAUGCGUCUAUUUUAUAACCGACCCAUAUUUUGUUUUCUACCUUAAUACUCUUUAAAAAAUUACGGCUGAAAUGUUAUAAAGAUUCUCAUAUCAUUAUUGUUUUCGAUUGUUUUGUUGUUUAACUUUACAUAAAAACUGAAAGCUGAAGUCAGCCCGUUAUAGGGUCUUAAUCCCUAUAUCAGCUAUAUUAGUUGAAACAGAAAUCGAUCUCAUCCCUCCCCCUUAAAAACAUCCCCGAGAAAAAAAGAAAGAAAAUAAAGGACAUACAUAAAAAAGUAUCAAAAUAAUUGUCCUAGUAAUUACGUUUUGGAAACACAUUCCAAAGAGAUAAAAGGUGAUUAGUUAUCUUCGUCUGCGAGUACAAAUCUCUCCCAUAAGUCGCCGCCACGAACAAAAUAAAUUGACCAAACUUAAUUCCAGGGUGAUUUCUAUUGAAAUAACUCAAGUUGUAAAUUUCCCGACCACGGCUUACUACAUGGGAGUUUUAUUUUUAUAACAUGAAAAAAAAUCUUGAAAUUAUGCGAAACCCCACUAUUUAAAAAAAAAAGAAGAAAAUAUGAAGGCAGACAUUUUGUUAUUUUGUUUGCCUUCCUGCCC